CUGUCCUCAGCCUAGAGAUGAAUAACAAAAGGAUUUUUGUAGCCAGGAUUGGGUUUUAUGUUAUAAACUACACUUGGCACUUCUUAUCCAUUACAAUUGCAAUGCCCUCUUGUCUUGUAUUGGACAUAGGACUUGGUGUAUAAGAUAAUACGAUAGUUCUGGACUUUGUGUGUAACUAUUCGGUAUGGAUGUAGGCCUAUAAACCUGCACAUCUGGACUUACUGUAUCGCUUAUUACAAAUCAUAUUGAAGUUUCUUUAAAACCUCCAUGGAACAAUUCUAAACUGGAUUAUAAACAUCAUAACUACACCCUAAUAUCACACCAUCCAAGCCAGUAAUGUUUUGUCUUCACAGCAUUGCUUUCCAGUCAACAAACAUGACUAGAGUAAAUACCAAAGAUUUGAAAAUGAACAUAUGUUGAAGGAAACCGUGCUUAAUCGCACCAUCACAUUGAAGAAAGAGGAAAGGAAUUAGCUGGACAUCUCCACUAACUAUAUGAUACUGGAUCAGCUGUUUGGAUUGCAGUGAUGUUUAGUUAAGUGAAAAAAAACAAAAGAAAUCAAUAAGCCAGCAUUAUCUGUUGAAGAACUGAUGCGUGCAAAUAAAAUUUCAGAAUUUUAAUUUAUGCAGAGAAGCGACAAGUAUCAAGUCCAGCAAAUGGGUCUUGCUUCUAACAGCUUCAGUCCAAACGAGUCUAUGUCCACUGAGAAGUCCAGGGACACAGAAGACAACGGAACGUCAAAACAAAUGACCCAAGUUGGCGUUGAGAAUAAAAGCUUCUAUGAGGAUGUCCAGACAGAAACUGUCGUUAAACCGGCAAAGGAGGAGCUCCAAAAUGGUGGCCCCCAAGCUGACGGGAACACGGGGAUGUGUGAGACCAACGUGGAUGUGGAUGCAGAUCCCGAACCAGGCCCAGCAGUCGACGCUCCUGUCUCGUUUGACCCUAAGAAACGACCGUUGCUGUAUUGUAAAUUUAUUGUCAAACAUUAUAAGCUGGCGUUUGCUCUGACACUAAGUGGACACCUGAUCUUCCUUGUUGCCUCGGGUAUCAUGAUUCUGGCAGGAUACAGUCUAUUCCCUACAGACUUUCAAGGAGUCCCACUCAACAUGAAUAAUGACGACACUUUCCUGAGAGAAGUGGCUUGGAGUUACAGAGACGAGGAUGAGUCUAUACUCAAAGUCAACACCAGCGCAGAAAUGGUUGGGGCAAGAACGAAAAAUGGGGACAUUUUGCAAAUUUUCUAUCAAGGUGCCAACGUACUGACCAAAGAGAAUCUGCAAGCUAUCAAAGACCUCGAAGAGCAAAUGACCAGCAAGCCUGAGUGGCUCAAGUUUUGCAAACAGGACGUCAAGAAUCUACAGGCCGGCUGUUCAAAACCUUCUUCUUUAAUACGAUUUUUUGACGGCAGCUUUCACCCUUCACUGAACGACCCCACGUUUUCUAACAUAUCUGGCAUACUGUACACAGCCUUAAACAUUCCAUUGUUGAAUCGAACACUCCAGGCUCUUGUGGGCACGGAGGCUGUGAUAACUCCUACAGAGGCUUCCACCACGAUAACCCGGACUUUGUUUUUUACUGGACUACCCCUGGAAGGUUAUAAUUUGACGACAGACUCAGUGUCUGACCAGAUGACUUUAAUACAGACGUUUCUGGUGGAUAAUUUUCGCAGCAGAUUGUAUGAGUUGCUAGACGACGGACUGAACGGAAUGACAGUCAACUUCAUAGCACGUCAGCUCCUUAUGCACGACAUCUUCGAUCAGGUGAUCUACGAUCUUCUCCUGGCUGUUGGUUCUUUCCUCUUUAUCUUCAUCUUCAUGUUGGUCCAGACCAAUUCCCUGUUCCUCACCAGCUUCUCCAUCUUCAGCAUCUUGACCAGCUUCCUGGGAGCUAACAUUGUCUACAGAGUCAUACUGGACUACAGAUAUUUCGGUAUCUUCCACGUGCUGUCAAUAUUCAUCAUUCUCGGUAUCGGGGCGGACAAUAUCUUUGUCUUCAAUGAUACCUGGAGAGCCACCGCCCACGAGAAACACGCGAGCAUGGAGGAACGACUCAGUUCCUGUUAUCGCCGGGCUUCCAAGUCGAUGAUGAUUACUUCCCUGACCACCUUUGUGGCCUUCGUCUCCAAUGCAUUCUCUCCCUUACUUCUCAUCAGCUCGUUCGGAGUGUUCUCCUCUGUGUUGGUGGUGGUCAACUUCUUCUCGGCCAUUGUCUUCUUCCCGACCUGCGUCAUUCUCCACCAUAAGAAAUGGGAAAGAUGGAGCUGGCCUUGUCUGCGGGCCUUCAGAAAUUGCUCCAUGUAUCCUUGUGCCAAAAAGGAUGAAAGCAAGACCGGACACAGGCCCAACAUGGUGGUCAGAUUUUUCCGCGGACCCUAUCACGCCGCAGUGACGCACCGUGUAGGGAGAUGGUUGUUUAUAGGCGUGUGUUUAGCCAUCAUUGCAGCCUCUUUAUACUUUGUCACCGAACUGAAAAUGUCCGAAAAAAAGACCCAAUUGUAUAAAAAUGGUCACAAUUAUUAUGAAUCGGAACAAAUCAACAAUUAUGCCUUCAAGUCAAGUUUGGAUGAUAAAAAUAUCAAGGUAAUCAUUGCAUUUGGGCUCAAGAACCAAGACAUGAGCGGCUGUCACAAGACCGACUACAAGUGUAAAGGGAAAACAGUUUGGGAUAACUCGUUUGAUCUUAACCCUAAACCUGCCCAGUUAGCUCUCUUGAAACUGUGUGAACGCAUAAGAAGCACUUCCAACAAUGACCUGUUAUAUUUAAAACGUGACCCGGUCACCAAUCUUGUAGACAUGGAUUGCUUUAUAACACAGAUGAAUGAAUUUAUGAGGAAUGAAAGUCCUGUGACUACUCCGUAUGGGACAACAAAUCUGUCACUACCCACGUCUGAGAUCAAGUAUGCACCGUUCUUCUCGGCCCACAGGUCUCUGUACAAUGCGUCUUUCAUCGACGAAAACUUUUACAGAUAUUUUGAGACUAUUAAGUCUUACUGGAUAAAUAAUCGAUACAAUGGAACACUUACACACGAGUAUGGGACAUAUUCGAUACUGUUGGGCGAGUCAAAAGAUGCACGGGAUACUUCAACGAUACUCUCUAAACCAGGUGCUUACUACGGCACUCGACUGAGGUAUGCUGGCAUUGAAAUCAGGACAACGCUCACUGCUGGCACUAAAGACUUUCAAGCCGGACUUGACAUUUAUAAUGCCUGGGAGAAGUUUGUCUCUGAUGAGGUCAGCCAGAUGCCCCCUUCACUUCAGGGAGGGAUUCAGUUAACACCCGCUGCAAGUUCCAAUGAAUGGCAUGAAUUUAAAAGACAAGAGGCUCUAGCCAAAUCAGCGCUUCAAGGUAUCAUUAUUGGCCUCUGUCUGGCCUUCUUUGUUCUCACAUUGGCCACCACCAAUGUCAUCAUCAGCACUCUGGCCACCAUUACCAUCGUCCUCGUCACAGUAACCAUAGCUGGAUGUAUACCAUUGUUUGGGUGGAAGAUCUCAGUCAUCGAGUCUAUCAACUUGUCACUAGUGGUCGGCUUGGCCGUCGAUUACGUUGUCCAUCUCUCUGAGAGCUACCACAACUCACCCCAGAAAACCAGACAAGCCAAGGUCAGGGACAUGCUGGAAAGCAUGGGUGUCUCCGUGGUGUCGGGGGCCAUCUCCACCCUAGGCGCCGCGGCCUUCAUGAUCGGCGCCCAGAUCCAGUUCUUUUUACAGUUCGGCAUUUUUAUGUUCUGUACCAUAGGGUUCUCUCUCAUCUACUCCCUGUGUUUGUUCACCCCCGCCCUCGCACUGAUGGGCCCAGAGGAGCACUGCGGAUCCCUGGUGCCCCUUGUUCGGUGGGUGUGGUAUAAAAUUAUAGGUCGUGGGAAAGAAGACACUCAAUGCAAGGACUGUCAUGGGAAGGGGUUCGUCAAACACAGCAAGGAUUAGGACCAUUCCUUUGAACACGAAACAGCAAUGUGUACAUAGUUUCAACUAUUUAUUUCUUGGACAAAUACAUUCCACUCAAUGCUGUAUAGCUCUGUGUCUUUGUUGUUGUUUUAUUUCCAUUUAAUACGGCGCCUAUGACUUGGGAUGAAGAUGUAAAUAGAAUGAUCAACAAGAAAUAAAAGAUUACUUUUUAAAUACAAAACUUAUCUAAUUUCAUUUCGCUGAAAAUGGCAGGGUUUAGCUCCCUUUCUGCUAUUUACAACAAAAUUAACUAAUUAGUACUGAUUGAUUAACUAACUGGUAAACUUUUGGAUUGAUUCGUGUAUGAUCAUCGACUAUGAAUAAUUAUGCAAAAUUUCAACUUGAUCCGAGAAUAAGAGGUGGAUAAAAAAAGGUUUCAAAACGUAAAAAGGGGAUUAAAUCCAUCCACAUCUAUCAUUAAGUAGCAUUUAUUCCCCUUAUUUCGAUAUCAAAAGAAAAUAAUGGUCACGAGUAAUUAAUUAACUAAUUGGAUACUUUUUUUUCGAUUGAUUCAUGUCUUGUCAGGUGCAAUGGACAAUUGUGCAAAGUUUCAACUUGAUCCGAGAUUGUGAGAAAUGAGAGGCAAAAUGUGUUCAAGCUUUUUACCAGACAGACACAGUGAAUUGAUAUAAGUUUUGUAAAAAGUAACGCUAAGACGAUCUCUAGAAUAGGGUGGGAUCAGGUUCAAAUCUCAUACACGGUUGUAAAAAAUUCAAGAAAAAGAGAUUUAAAUAUAUUUGCCAGUGCCUGCGAUACAACGUCCUUGGAAGCAUACGAAUAUUUAUGCAUUGGCGGUUUCUCGUCAUUUUAAGGCUUAUUUCAAGGAAGGAAUUGUGCAACUGAAUAUGAUUUUCUGGAAUCCUGUAACAUUCACUAUACGAACCAUGUUCAGAAGGGUAAAUGAUGAUUGUGUGUGUUUUAUAUAAACAAAGUACAUAGAAGCCUAAUUCAAUAAGCCCAGGUCGUGUGUGUAUGUGCGCGUGUAAUGUAUAUUGUACGUGUUUGCAGCUAUAUAUUGUUCUUGUUAUAAGUAAUAACGCUGAGGUGUACAAUUGUAGUCAAACUGAAUAACUAUUCGUUUAGUUUACUUUCUUUAUUUUAUUGUAUCUUAUAAUUUAAAAGAUUCCAUUCUAGAGUUAUGUAUGUUUUUUUAAAUACAA